UCAUUCCCUCUCUCUCUCUCUCUCUUCCCCUCUGCCCCUUUUGCCCGUUCUCUUCUCCUCUCUCUCUCGCUCUCUCUCUCUCUCUCUCUCUCUCCGUCUCGUCUUCACUUUCCUGAAUUCCAUCCCUUUUCCUCUCCUUUUCCAGCCCGUUAGCACUUCUCGGGAAUAGCGCCCAGAGCUCGGGCAUCUCCUCUUGCUUCUUCUUCUUCUUCUUCUUCUUCUUCUUCUCCUGCUCUUCCUCAUCUUCCAUCGCUUUUCUCUUAGCUGAGCUCCCUUGCUCGGUGAAUCAAUCCCCGGGCCCCUUCUAUUUUCGGAUGCGUAGCCGUUUCUGGUGAGAAGCUCUCUCUGUGUGUCUAUCUCUAGGGUUUUGAAGCUAUGAGGUCGGCCGCUCGAUCUCGUCGUCGCUUUGGUUUGCUGGAUUUGUUGCUUUGAUUCUUUGUGUUUCGACUUUUAAGUUUGGAUUUUUCGAUCGGUGGACUGGUGUUUUGCUUCUUUGGUUUCUUAUUUUUGGAGAAUUCGAUGGGUUUGGGGCGUGAUGCGGUGGAGGUUUGGGGAGAUGGGGGAAAGCUGAAAGGGAGUAAGGGUAAGAAGAAGAGUAAGAAGGAGAGUGGUGAGGGCAAGGAGGAGAGUGGGUGCUGGGUUACUUUCCGGCUUAUGAGCAGCUGCAUGUCUUCGAGAUCCAAAGUGGAUACUUCUAUUAGCAGCGCCAUUACGCAUUGUGAAAGUAAAUCUGCAAAUGAUGGCAGCCGGGAUCAGCCAACUGUUCCAAUAGCCUCUGGGUCUACUACUGCUAGUAAUACAGAAAGUAGUUCAUCUAUUUCCAGAGUGGGAGAAGAACUUAAAGUUGCAUCUCAGCUUAGGAAGUUCACUUUCAAUGAGCUUAAAUCUGCCACCAGAAAUUUUAGACCAGAGAGUCUACUUGGAGAAGGAGGUUUUGGUUGUGUCUUCAAAGGAUGGAUUGAGGAGAAUGGAACUGCGCCUGUAAAACCUGGCACAGGACUUACUGUUGCUGUCAAAACACUGAACCAUGACGGACUUCAAGGGCAUAAGGAGUGGCUGGCUGAAGUUAAUUUUCUUGGUGACUUACUCCAUCCAAAUUUAGUUAAGCUGAUUGGUUACUGUAUUGAAGAUGAUCAAAGGCUGCUGGUAUAUGAAUUCAUGCCUCGUGGAAGUCUGGAAAACCAUCUUUUCAGAAGGUCACUGCCCCUCCCAUGGGCCAUCAGAAUGAAAAUUGCUCUUGGUGCUGCAAAGGGCCUUGCUUUUCUUCAUGAAGAAGCAGAAAGACCAGUCAUAUAUCGGGAUUUCAAAACAUCAAACAUCCUGUUAGAUGCUGAGUACAAUGCAAAGCUUUCUGACUUUGGACUUGCUAAAGAUGGUCCUGAGGGUGAUAAGACUCAUGUGUCGACCAGAGUGAUGGGUACUUAUGGAUAUGCUGCUCCUGAGUAUGUAAUGACAGGACAUCUCACAUCAAAGAGUGAUGUUUACAGCUUUGGAGUCGUCCUACUUGAAAUGAUGACUGGCAGGAGGUCCAUGGACAAGAAUAGACCAAAUGGGGAACACAACCUGGUGGAAUGGGCUCGUCCUCAUCUUGGAGAGAGGCGACGCUUCUACAAGUUGAUCGAUCCCCGCCUUGAAGGCAACUUCUCUAUCAAGGGUGCUCAAAAGGCAGCUCAACUUGCUUAUCAUUGCCUUAAUCGGGAUCCCAAAGCUAGGCCACUUAUGAGUGAAGUGGUAGAUGCUCUCAAACCAUUACUCAACCUUAAAGACAUGGCAAGUUCUUCAUACUUAUUCCAGAACAUGCAAGCUGAACGAGCCACUGCAGGCACCAACAACCCAAGUUCCAAAAAUGGGUUGAAGAUGCAAGGUGCAUUUGCAAGAAACGUGCAGCAACCUGUUAGGAGUCUCUCCAAUGGUGCAUAUGCAUCUCCGAACCACAAAAAUCAAAAGCUCAACAGUUUCCCGGCCAAAGGUUCGAAACCUGGAUGAAAUGUGAGAUGUCUUGUAGACAUGUUAAGCAAUGCAUGUGGCGAUCCGUCAAUCUUUGCUGGUUAUAUAUAAUAUUCAAGAAAAAUAACUGUAGAGGAUAUCUAUAAUGAUUUACCCUUGUUCAAGUUUUCAUCUGCUGCUUGGUGCAGGCAAUUCAGCUUGAAGGAGGUUUGACAGAAUUUCAGCAUUUGCUCUUUGAAGGCUUAACAGAGCAGAAUGAAUCACCCUUUCUCUUCUUUUCCC